AUCAAUACUAGCAUUUAUAUUAGUGAUAUUAGGAACACGAAGAAGACAUCUGUUUUUCACAGUCAUAAACUCCAGGCAGAAAAUAUGUUCAGCAGGGUAAGCCGCAUCUCUGGAAAGAGAAACAGAGUCAAUAUUUCAGGCCCAGGACUCUUUGUUCUCAGUCUCCUGCUCGUGCUUGUAAAUGCCAAAAUCUAUCAACGAUGUGAGCUGGCAAGAACCUUAAAGAGGUUUGGCCUGGAUGGGUAUUACAACUGUAGCCUGGCUAACUGGGUAUGCAUGGCUUUCUAUGAAAGCAGAUACAACACAAAAGCGGUUAAUCCAAACAAGUGGCAUGGAGUAGUUGUGUCGACGGACUACGGCAUUUUUCAAAUCAACAGCAAAUGGUGGUGUAAUGAUGGGAAAACUCAAGGUGCUAAAAACAUCUGCCGGAUUCCAUGUGCUAAUCUCUUGAACGAUGACCUGAGUGAUGACAGCCGGUGUGCAAAGCUUAUUGUGCAAGACAACAAAGGAAUGAAAGCCUGGGUUGCCUGGAAGAAAUAUUGCAGGGGAAAAGACGUCAGCCGCUUUGUGCGUGGGUGCCGCCUCUAAAGCAAAGAGUGAUUCUGCCUUCAAGCCCCACCAGAUCUGUUUAGUCACAGCUCAACGCUAUGUUCCCAGUUCACUUUGUAUUGUUUGAAUUGGCCUGCUUCCCAGGGAAAGGUAGGAUAGACAAGGCCAGCUUCGCCCAUCCAAGUAACCAGGAGUGAGGGAAGAGCGGGCUUCUUAGCGGAAGAUAUGACCCAUCCAAACAGCAUUUAUAGCAUUAGUCAGCAAGGCCCUGCACGAGUGGCCUAAGCUUGCUUCACAGAGGUGACAUUUGUAUCAAUGCUUCGGUCAUGGUGAAUACAGUUACUGCCAUUGUAGACGACCAACCAUCCCAAAUCCCUUCAUCACUCAUUACUCCCUCUUAUCCUCCACUGUACACAAACAAGAAAAGAAGUCAACAGGUCAGGCAGCAUCUAUGAAGCAGAAUAAGCAGUCGAACGUUUGGGCAGAGACUCUUCAUGGAAUGAAGGGGGCAGGAGCCAGAAUAAGAAGGUGGGGAGGGGGGCAGCUUCACUCUGAUGUUUGCAAAAGGCAGGAUUUCCUGCAGGCUACCCACUUCAAUUUGAUUUCUCAUCCUCAUUCUGACAUGGAUGUUCAUGGCCUCCCCAAACUGCCACAGGUUGGAGGAGUAACGACUCACUUUUCACCUGGGUAGCCUCCAAGCUGAUGGUAUAAACAUCAAUUUCUCCAAUUUACAAUAAUUCUCCCUGCCUCCCUCCUUCUUUCUUUCUCCAUUCUCUAUUCUGGUUCCCCACUCAUUACUUCUCUUCUCCUCACCUGCCCAUCACCUCCCUUUGGCUCACCUCCUGCUUCCAUUUCUCGUAUAGUCCACUGUCCACUUUGCUGGCUGGUGGCGUAGUGGCACCAGCACUGGACUUCGAAGUGAAGGCUCCCGAGUUCAAAUCCGGCUCCCUUGCACACUUUCCAUCCAUGCUGGGUUGAGCAUCAAGCUAGAAACUCGGCCUCGUAAAACCAAGAAAGCCUGCUAAAAAAAAACGCCGUCACAAUGGCGUCCCAAUGACUCCACUCGGAGUUAAGGGCUUUCUUUUUUUUCUUCUUCUUCUUCUUCACUUCUUCAGCUCUUCAUCUCUUCCAGCUCCCAGGUUCUUAAUUCAUCCCCCAUUCUCCACCUACCCACCUUCCCCCCAGCUGGUUUAAUCUGUCACCUUUUUGCUAAUACUCCUCCACAUCCCCCGAACUUCUUAUUCUGGCUUCUUCCCCCUUCUUUUCCCGUCCUGAUGAAGGGUCUCGGCCCAAAACAUUGACUGUUUAUUCCCCUCCAUUGAUGCUUCCUGACCUGCUGAGUUCCUUCAGCAUUUGUGUAUAUUGCUCAAAAUUUUCAGAAUCUGCAGAAUCCCUUGUCUUUAGGAAGUAAAGGUAUUAUUCCUGUGGCAGGGUCCAGACAGAAAAUAUCAACCAUUUCUCUAUUUGACCUGCUGAGUUCCUCCAGAAGUUUGUUUAAUUUUAAUUUAAUUUAAUUUGAUUUGGAGAUGCCCAUGGAUUAGGCCCUUCAAGCCACAGUGAACCAACAACCCCCGAGAACCCAGAUUUAGCCCUAACUUGAUCAUGGGACAAUUUACAAUGACCAAGUAACCUAAUCUGUACAUCUUUGGGUCAUGGGAGGCAACCGGAGGACUUGGAGAAAGGUUGUGCAUUUCACAAGGAGGUUGUACGGAGACUCCUUAUGGUGGGUGCCAUAAGUGAAAUCUGAACUCCAACCCCUGGAGCUGUAAUAUUGAUGCCAGGAGCAAACUUGCCUCUGUCUACAUCUUCAACCUGCAAGUAUCAUAUAUGAGCCAUUAUAUUGCUACCGCAUGUCGAAAAGAUAAAAAAAAAUAAAGAUAAUAAAUAUUU